GCCCGAGGGUUUGAGAGCCGAGUGACUGUCAUCCCUCUCUCGGGUUCAUAUGUGGACGCGUGCGCUGAUUUCUCCUGCUCAACAGCAGAUCUGUGCGCUCGGAGGUGUCUUUCAGGAGCACCAUCUCUCUUCUACCGGACCGGACACCCGUGACAAUGGUAGACAUCUACUAAAGCCAUCACGGAGAGAUACGCGUUUGUACCGACUAUGGCUGUAGACGCUGCGUCCAGCUUCAGCUUCUGUCGGGCUGCGCUGGAGCACACGGUCUCAGCAGAGGAGCUCAACUAUCAGCUGCCACGCAGGGCCGGGGGCAACCUGACCUGGCAUGAAGGACGUGGCCAGAGGGUGACGAGGAGGACCGUCAAACUGCUGCAGCAGCCCGGCACAGAAGAUAUACAGAUCCAGCCAGGAGAGGCAUUCACUGUGUACCACACCAGCCCCACGCUCUCCAGCUUAUGCAAACCAGUGGUGCUUUGGACCCAGCAGGAUGUGUGCAAGUGGCUGAAGAAAAACUGUCCUCACAACUACCUGACAUACGUGGAGGCCUUCUCUCACCACGCCAUCACAGGUCGUGCCCUGUUGCGGUUGAACGGAGAGAAGCUGGAGAGGAUGGGUAUAAUCCAAGAGACUCUGAGACAGGAAGUCCUGCAGCAGGUCCUACAGCUACAGGUCAGAGAGGAAGUGCGUAACCUACAGCUGCUCAGCAGAGCUUCCUUCGGCAACAUUUCUUAGCUCGUCUAUCCUUUUGGCAGCUCUCUCGACUUCCUGGCAGACACGGGAGGCCUUGUUCCAAACUGCUACAGACAGAAAGAGAGCGAGAGAAUCUGCCUGGAGGUGGAGCUGUGGACUGUUAACUCAACACCAAAUUUACAGACUGGACCGUCUUUUUAUGCAGACCUGGAUCCGUAUAGAAAGAAUCAUAUAAAUCUGCAUUUGAAUGGGGUUUCAAAGACUCAAAUGGACAAAGUCAAACUCUAAACCCUAAUAUAGCGAUAAGAUUCAAGUCUCAAAACCUAGAGACCAACCAGUGCUCUGUCAGACAAUAAUAAGGAUACAGAUUGGAUCAAGAUGCUGAUUUUCAAGACGUUGAUGGAAAUGUUGUCUCAGAUCCAAAUCGAAAGAUGAACAUUGAUCUCAGAUCAUGUUAAAAGGUGAUUCAUAUCAGCAGCCUUGAUUCCCCAAGUGUUUGGACAUCUGACAGACCCGCUUUUUAACCCAGUAUCACUCACUUAACAUGGACAUCAAUGCAAUGCUGAAGAAAUCCUGUUUCUACAAGUGUGGAAGCAGACAGUUCCUCCUCCUACCUCUCAUGAUAGAUUAUAUCAUUUAAUUUGCUGAGGAUUAGAUAUAGAAUAGGGCAUGAUGUUUGAUUAUCCAGUAUCUUUCCACUCCUGACUUCACGUUAAAGGGAUGUUCACAAUGAUAAAAACCAAGACUACAUGAUCUGAAACUGGAUAUUAUGGACAAUUUGUUUGAAAACGAACACUGAAUGUUGCCAAUAUCAGACGUGCACAUGGAAAAACCAACCAUCAUUUUGCUUUUCUUCUCAGGACGUUCAAGAGCUUCGUAUAAUGUUCCUGCUGUUACCUUUAUAAACACUUUUAAGAUAUAUAUUCUUGAUUUCAUUGUCAUUGUGAAAUCUUGCACAGAUAUAGCAGGUUUUCUCCUAAUACACAAAGAAUAUAUCAGAGUAUAAAUAUACCUUUACUCUAGAGUAUGUGUCUAGAUCACUGUCACUCGUAGAAGUACAAAGCAAUAAUGUAAAGCGGUGCCACAUGUCUGCAUGGCUAGACCUGUUAGAGAAUGUUUUUAAAUCGGUUACCUUACAAUCACAAAUUUUAGGUCUGCAACAUACUCCAUGCAAGCAAACGCUUCUAGAUUCUAGAUCAAGACCCUCAAGCACCGUCAGUUUUCUCUUUUAGGUCAGCUAUUUUGAGCUGGAGAUUGAGAGAAUACUAUGUAGAUAGUUGGGUUUCAUUGGAUCAGUGUGUUUAACCGUGUUGGCUCCGUCUGAACAUGGCAAUUGUGUUUCCCAACAUCAUAAAUUCAAAAGCUAACUAUGAAUGUCUGAAAUGUUGCUGGCUGUGUCAACGAGGCUUUUGAGUAAUGAGGUUUGUUAUCUCCAAGAACGCAAGACGGCAUGUUAAGUGUGUACUUCAGAGAGACAGUUUAUUUCCUCUAGUAUGAUUAAGGAGAUCUUGCAGAGAUAAUUUAAUUCUUUCCGUUUUGAGAUAUUGUCUUUAUUAGUGCUGAUGAAUCUUGAAUGCUCUAACAACUACAACUACACUGUGAUGCAGUGGCAUGUUUAAGGAAGCUUAAAUGUUUGUCUGUAUUCUGAGUUACGGUGAAAUCUCGUUAAGUCUCAGCGUGAUUGUCGGAUGCUCAUGACACCAGUUAUUGUUCAAGGCUUUUACACAGUGUAGUCUAAGCUGAUGGACAUCUGGCCCCAUGACACAAACCAAUUCAGUCCAUCCAGGUUGAAAGGGUUUAUAUGAGACUGAACUUCAUGUGACGUAAUGAUUGGUGCGUUUCCAGAGCGUUUGCUGCGUCAUGUAUUUUGACACACUAGCAUUUUUUUUUUCUCCUGACAUGCAAUGGGCUUCUUUUAAAUCUUGUUAUGCAAAAAAGUGAGGGAAAUGAACAUUGGUUAUGUAAUGACCUGCUACCAACGUGAUUAUACAAGACACGGUGUGGCAAAAACAGCUGUAUGCGUGUGUUUUGGAAUAAAGUUUAAAAAAUACAGA